CUAUUAGAGUGGCUGCCACUUCGCGUCCCUGUCUCAGUCUUGAGGUCGGAGGUUCCUGCUUAGUGCGGAGCGAGGCCAGGCGGCCCCUGCUCGAGCCCCGCGUCGCCAUGGCCGCGGUUCCCGAGUCGCUACAGUCGCAGGAAGAGGACCACGGCAAGCUGAGAUCUGUAUCUGUGGACCUGAAUAUCGAUCCUUCGCUGCAAAUAGACAUACCUGAUGCGCUAAGUGAGAGGGACAAAGUGAAGUUCACAGUGCACACCAAGACCACACUGCCCGUGUUCCAGAGUCCAGAGUUUUCUGUCACGAGGCAACAUGAGGACUUUGUGUGGCUACAUGACACUCUUACUGAAACUACAGACUACGCUGGGCUUAUUAUCCCUCCUGCUCCUACGAAGCCAGACUUUGACGGCCCCCGUGAGAAGAUGCAGAAGCUGGGAGAGGGGGAAGGGUCCAUGACCAAAGAGGAAUUCGGCAAGAUGAAGCAGGAGCUGGAGGCGGAGUACCUCGCUGUCUUUAAGAAGACUGUGUCCUCCCACGAAGUCUUUCUUCAGCGGCUCUCUUCUCACCCUGUUCUCAGUAAAGACCGCAACUUCCAUGUUUUCUUGGAAUAUGAUCAGGAUCUAAGUGUCAGACGGAAAAACACCAAAGAAAUGUUUGGUGGGUUUUUUAAGAGUGUGGUGAAGAGCGCUGAUGAAGUUCUCUUUUCUGGAGUUAAGGAGGUGGAUGACUUCUUUGAGCAGGAAAAGAACUUCCUGGUUAACUACUACAACAAAAUCAAGGACUCCUGUGGCAAAGCUGACAGGAUGACCCGGUCACAUAAAAAUGUUGCCGAUGACUACAUCCACACGGCAGCCUGCCUGCAGAGCCUGGCCUUGGAGGAACCCACUGUCAUCAAGAAGUACCUAUUGAAGGUUGCUGAGCUAUUUGAAAAACUUCGGAAAGUGGAGGGUCGUGUCUCAUCGGAUGAAGACUUAAAGCUGACGGAGCUGCUCCGGUACUACAUGCUCAACAUUGAGGCUGCCAAGGACCUCCUAUACAGACGCACCAAAGCCCUCAUUGACUACGAGAACUCAAACAAGGCUCUGGACAAGGCCCGGCUGAAGAGCAGAGAUGUGAAGGUGGCCGAGGCCCACCAGCAGGAGUGCUGCCAGAAAUUCGAGCAGCUCUCGGAGUCUGCGAAAGAAGAACUGGUGAAUUUCAAACGGAAGAGAGUGGCAGCGUUUAGGAAGAAUCUGAUCGAGAUGUCGGAACUGGAAAUAAAGCAUGCCAGAAACAACAUCUCCCUUCUACAGAGCUGCAUUGACUUGUUCAAGAACAACUGAUUUGACACCAGCCUUUGCUUGCCCUGAAGGAAGAAAACAAAUGUGAAGCCAGCAUCACUUGCACUUCAAUCAUUGCCGUAGGAAAUGAUUAGCUUUGACUUUAGCUUACAAUUAUGUGAAUAAAUAUUUUGAUUUCUAAAAAUCUUAA